CCGCGGGCGGGACGCCCUGGGCGGCGCGCGGAGGAGGAAGCGCGCGGGCAGCGGCCCGGGACCUGCCCAGACGCGCUAGUCGGGAACGCCGAGCGCCGCGUCCCCAUUUUCCAGGUGUGCGGGGCUGGGGCGCAGUCCCGGGCCGCGGCCGUCGUGCGCCGGCCGGGCAUUUCUUCCCGCUCACGCCGCGCGGCAGCCCGGCCUCCGGGCCCGCGCCGCCAGCCGCCGACCCAGCCCCGCCGCGCCCCGUCCACGCCCCCCUCCCCCCCCUCCCCCGCGAGCCGGGCCGGCCGCGCGCUCAUGUCCUGAGCUCGCCGCCCGCGGGCUCUGCGCCCCCCAGGCCCGGGGCUGCCCUGGCAAGUUGGGGCGAGGCGCGCCGGGUAUGCGCCAUCACCAUGUCCCGCCUGAGCUCGUGGCUCGGUGAGGUCCAGUGGCUGGUCUUGGUGUCGCUCUUCGUCGUGGCCCUGGGCACGGUGGGCCUGUACCUGGCGCAGUGGGCGCUGGCCAGGGCGCGACCCCGGCCCCCGCGGCGGGCUGCCGAGCCUGGCGAGGGCCGGCGCCCCGAGUCCGACGCGCUGCUCGCCUGGAUCCUGACGCUGAACAGCUGGAGGAGCCGGUGGCAGGCCGCCUGGGUGACCGCCCUGAAUGAUGAGGCCAAACGGAAAGGGGGCCCGCUGCUCCUUUCCUUCGAGGAGGACCCGCUGCAGCAGCCCCUCAAGCUGACCGUGCAGCAAGUCUCGAGCGUGGCCAGGUCCGCCCAGGAGAAGGUCGUGUCUUGUCGCGUGGUGGGCGAGGCCAUCCAGUUCCUGGUCCGCGCGGGGCCCGCAUCCCCCGAAGACACGGGGCGCCAGAUGUACGGCGCACGGCUCUCCCCGUUUCACCUACAGCUGGAGCUCCACAUGACAGAGAAGAGAGAGGACAUCCAGAUCAAGUGGUCCUUCACCAGCGCUCCGGAGACGGCCAUUACGGUCCAGCCCAAAGCAGUGGUGGAGGACCGGGUGGCGGAGACCGAUGCCGUGUCUGAAACCCUCAAGGAUAUCUUGAAGCGCCUGGUUAGUGCUGCCUCCCCGUCAGUCAUUCUGAGCACCAAGCCUGUGGACGUGAGGGACGUUCAGAAUCUACAACGCACUUCAUCUACUCCUCAGGAAUCCUGCCCUCCCAAACCUCCAAGGGCUCACGAACUCAGAUUAUUGGUGAAGAACAUCCGAGCCUCGCUGCUAAAUGAUCCUGGGGCUUCAGGCAACAUUAACCCACAGUGUAUGGUUCGGCUGAACGAUCCCAUUCAGAAGUUCAGCGCCCUCGCGACAAACACCACCGACCUCAGCUGGGAAGAAGAAUUCACCUUUGAGCUGAAUGCCAAGUCGAAGGAGUUGCACCUGCAGAUUUCAGGGGAUGAGCAAUCCUCGGAAGCUCUGUUGGCAAUGACAACCAUUCCUUUGGACUUAUUCAAGAAGCAGCCUUCUGGGCCCCAGAGCUUCACGUUGACCGGCGGGUCCUCCUUCGGCAGCUCUGUGCUGGGUUCGGUCACUGCAGAGUUUUCUUACUUAGAACCCGGUGAAGUGAAAUCCUGGCAGACCCCUCCACCUGCUCCUGCUGCAAAGGUAGAAAAAGACCGCACGGUGAUGCCAUGUGGGACCGUGGUCACUACUGUCACUGCUGUGAAAACCAAGCCUCGCUUCGACACGGGGAGGGCGUCCCCGCUGAGCUGUGAGUCUCCCCUGAAGACGCCUGUCAAGGUGAAGGUGAUCGAGAAGGACAUCUCUGUCCAAGCCAUCUCCUGCCACGGGGCUCCUGUCAGUAAGACCUUCUCUUCUUCGGACACAGAGCUGCUGGUGCUGAACGGCUCAGAUCCCGUGGCAGAAGUCGCCAUCCGCCAGCUCAGCGAGUCCUCAAAGCUGAAGGUCAAGUCACCGCGGAAGAAGAGCACCAUCAUCAUAUCAGGGAUCUCCAAGACCUCACUAUCUCAGGACAAUGCCGCUGCCCUAAUGCUGGACUACUCGGCCUCCGUGGACGGUGCCCACCAGGAGGACACCCCGUCCCUCGUGGGGGCGGCCGCCACUCCUGCCCCCCCAGAGGACGAGGCCUCAGCCCCUGCCCCGCCAGCCCCAGAGCCCCAGGAGAGCGAGCUAGACUCGUGGGACUUGGACAAGGAGUCACAGGCCUCGGCAUGGGGCAGCCAGGCCCCGCUGGACCCCAAUGGGGACGAGCUGUCGGAGAGCUCCCUGAGUGUCUCGGAGCCGGGCGCUGCCAAGAAGCAUAAAGGAGGGAUUUUAAGGAAAGGUGCAAAGCUGUUCUUCCGCCGGCGACAUCAACAGAAAGACCCCGGCAUGAGCCAGUCGCACAACGACCUUGUGUUCCUGCAGCAGCCAGAGGGGGCCCGGAGGAAGGGGGUGACGCUCACCAGGAUCCUGAACAAGAAGUUGCUCUCCAGACACAGAAGUAAGAGCACCAUGAACGGGGCUCUGGGGGACCCCGUGGCCGGCAGCCUGCCUCACCAGGACGCGGGAAGACGCGGGCCCACCUAACCGCCCACCAGGACGGAGUGAGAGUGCCUGCAAGCUGUCAGACGGCCGCCUGGGCUAGCUGGGUUAAAGGGCCAUGAACACCCGAGUCUCCAGCCAGGAGGUUUCCCCCCAGAGACAACUGUCCGAUUUGCCACCCGAUGCCAAAGGAGACCCGAACGCUCUGCCAGAUGGGCUGUGCUCCGAUCCAAGAGCUGAAGUUAAAUGUGAGAUUUACGUUAUGAACUAAAGAACAUCCUAUAAUGGAUGGUGAUGGGGCAGGUGUGGGGGACUCAAUUUCACCCGCACUGCACUCGGACACAUACUACCUUGGGUCCACUCCUGGACCGCGUCGCAAAGAGGAGGUGUCCCCCUGUGCUGUCACUGUGAAUGGAACGGAUGGGUCACGUGUCCUCACGGUCUGCUCAGCGUCACGGUACAGCUUGCCCUGAGUACAGAGAGGUGGUACGGAGGCAGGAUUUGGGGUCCAUAGAGAAAUGACGGUGGUAACAGAGACACUAUGACAAAGGUAGAAGGUAGUUGCCUUUGAUAUUAGCCAUAUAACUUGAAACCGUAUGCCAAACACUAAAUCUCUCCUGCACACAUUAUGCUGAGCUUUCCUGGAUGUUUACUUUGAGCCUGUUUGCAAGUGGGAGAUCUGUCAAUUCCUAUGUGGUUUUUACGUCUUCCUUUAUAGUGUCAAAAGUGCUCAUGAUCGUGGCGGGGGGGCUCCCAAGUGAGGCUAGGAGCAGUAAGUACCCAUCACCGUGGCGACACCACACACACGGUUUUCCUUUCGCCCCUGGCUGGUUUGCCAAACGCUGCCGAUGGCUGAAACAGAGAACUUCUAGGACGGAAGAGAAAACUAUUGUGUGUCUCAGGUAGGAGUCUUAGGGGUGGAAGUUUAAUAACAAAUGGGCCAAACGUCGCAUCAGUCCUCUCGGGAGCUCUCCGGAAUUCUGCCGUGAAUAGCGCUUGACACGUUUAGGGGUGUCCUUGUUUUGGUUUCCCGUGGGGGGGCAAGAAAAACAGAUAAAUGUGGCCCACCACGUGCGUAUCCCUGGGUACCCCUCGCGCCACAGUCCUCGUCUGUCCGCCUGUCCGUGUGUCUGCGCCACUGGCCCAUCCACCCGAAGGUGCCACUGCCAGGGGCGAGCUGGUUAGGGCUGUGGCUGUCCCUGUGAACUGUCUGGAUGGUUUAGCAAGACUCGCUUUCUUCUGAUAAGAUUUAAAAGGCUAUCAUGAAGCCUGGCCUCUAUCAUGGAUACGAAGUUGGGGGCACUCCUUCUCACGAGCGCUUUUGUUGACCCCAAAACACGUCUUUCAGCGGGUAACGGAGCCACUGCCGAACAAAAACCUUCCCGAAAACCCAGAUUACGGAACUUUUUUCCCUUUUUAUUGAGGGAGAGAUUCUAAAACUACAUGAAGAAUUUUACUUUGAAAUACACACUCAGAAAUGCCCCGGGGUCCCAGGAAUUACCAGGUGACUGUAAGAUGCGUUUUUACAGGGGACUUUUGAUUUUCGUCACCUCGUGAAACAGCACCAGGCAUUCCAACGUGUCGUCAUACCAAGUUAGUCUCCGCAGGUUGGUAAUCACUACUAGUCUUUUUGGAACCCAUCUGGUCACUUUGUCUUAGUGGAAGGAUUAUUGCCUCCCCCCACCGCCCUGUGGUAGGCAGCACCUUGGGACAUUCAAGAAUUAAUUCUCAGAGGACAUUAUGUGUCAGAAUUUCAGGCACAGGUCAGAAGUCCUUAGCACAGUUUUUUGUUUGCUUCUGAAGUUCAGAUCAACUCAAUUUAUUCAAUGUGAUGGUAUCAGAGUUUUAUGUUGGCACUUUCUUGCUCUCAACAAAAAAUGUCUUAGCCAUUCCCAUUCCUGAUUGACCCCAUGAGCAUUUUGUUCACUGUUUAAUAUUUUUGCCAAGGGCUUGCUUUCUCAACCUCCUGGUGACUUGAAGCCUCUUCCAGGUCCCGGGCAAGCGACAGGUGGGCUUUCUGUCCCGCGUGGGAUGCAGGACCGUCAUGCGAGAGGUGGAGAGCAUUAGGGAGAUCCGUGUUUCCGUGUGUCUGUCGGGCACACAUCGAGAGCCCCAUACCUCUGAGUCAGAUCCAGGAGCACCCCCCUCAAGCUGCACACACGUUUUCUUCCUCUGAGGGCCUUUUCUGAACUUACAGGACACCCGAGAGAGCACGGAAGGGUGCAUGAACAUAGCACCGUGAGAAAAUGGGCCGUGUUGAUACUGUGAAUGCUUCUUUAAUGGUGUAGGUAUUUAUGCGAAAGUAAAUGUUAUGAAGGGUACAUGUCAAUUAAGAUUAUACACCAAAUGCUAAACAUACCAAUCUGUAAAUCACCUUAUUCCCUUGCCUUUCCUUAUGCUUUAGGGGCACAAGAGUUUUUGUUUCUGUUUUGCGUUCAUGCUAUUUUUGCAAAGUGGUGUUUCGGAGUGAUUUCUCACGAACGCUAAUAGGAAUGUGUGUCUGCAUGUCUGGAACCAGGUGCUCACAUUGGUUGUCGUGAGCUGGGGCACUGCCCUGCAUUCACGGAUGCACCCGUGUUUGCAGAGGAAUGCAAGGGAGCUUGAAGUGUGUGUGUGUGUGUGUGUGUGUGUGUGUGUGUGUGUGUGUGUGUGUGUGUGUGUGUGAUUAAUGUGGCAAUAACAAAAGCACGGAUCUCAUCGUCCCGUUGGAAACCCGCUGUGAAGAAGAUGGUUUAGACAGUCCUUUCUUUAAAUCAACUCUCAAGUUUAAGUUUAAAGCCAGCCCUUGAUUCCUCCUGAGAGCUCGGUGGCCAGUUGCUGCCCACCAGUCACAAAUUAGGUGCCUGUCUCGGUGUCUGAUUGGUUUUACUGGCUGCCUCUACAGAAGAGAGUUGCAAGUUUUCUUCUUGAGCAGAAAGGGACACAUUAAUUUAUAUCACUGCCAGCAGGUGUGGGGGUUUUCCUGGUAAGAGCCUCACAGUCCUGACACGUCAGAGCACAAGCUGGUGGCCCCUGGAAGUCAGAACGUUGAUGUCCACUGGGUGGAAAACAGGUCUUGUGCUGGUGUAGACCCCGAUGCCAGGCCCUCCCUCCCCUGCCCCACACCUGCUCAGGCCCGAUUACCAAAGCAUGUGGCACGGACACACCAGCGCUGCUACGUUCUGCAAAGCAAACUCAGGUCCCCUCCGGGCCCUUCUCUUCAGCAUUCCUGUUUUACGUGUGAGGAGGCAUCCGGAAUGCAUCGACCUGCCCAGUUCACCCAGCUUCCAACUGCUCAGUCACGUACCACUUACAAGUUAGCCUUGUAAGUACUCCCCCCCACCACCCACCCAAUAUCACAUCAAAGCUACAUUUUUUUAAAAAGAAAACGAGAGGUUUUCAAGGUAUGUGGCAAGGUCUGGCUUGAUUUUAAGUGUGGUGAUGAAUUUGCUGGACGGUGAUUGUAUUCCUUGGUAGCACUUUAAACACAGGUCCCUGUCCUGCCCCAAACUGUGGAAGAUGUGGCUGGAACAUGAAUAGUCUUUGAAAGAAAUAAAUGUGCACAUGGGACACGAAACACCGACUUGUGUUUGCUGAGCCCUGGGCUGUCCCAAAAGCCCCGCAUGUGCCUGGGGUCCCGGAUCACGGUCCGUCUCCUGCUUGGUGCUCGGCAGUCGGUGUGCAUGCGCGCCGUGGGCCACUGCGUGAAAGACGAGGUGGGCCCUUCGCUCGUGGCCACUGCUGCUUGCUCUGUUCUUGGCAGAGACCCUUCCUAACGUCUUCUGACAUGACGCUGGCAUCCUAUUUUAGGCCUGAGACUAAAACCAUUU